AUGGCUCAGUGGGUAUUUCCAGUAAGGACACUAAAGAGACAAAUCUUUAUCUUUUUAAAUAUGACCUUAGUUUCUAGAGUCCUUGGGUCUCGAUGGUUUCCUAAAACUCUACCUUGUGAUGUCAAUCAAGAUAGUACAAUGACCUAUGUGACUGUGGACUGCACAGACAAGCAUUUGACAGAAAUCCCUGAGGGCAUUCCCACUAACACCACCAACCUCACCCUUACCAUCAACCACAUACCAAGCAUUUCUCCAGACUCCUUCCGUAAGCUGACCCAUCUGGAAGAGAUCGAUUUCAGAUGCAACUGUGUACCUAUUCUACUGGGGUCCAAAGUCAAUGUGUGUACCAAAAGGCUUCAGAUUAGACCUAGAAGCUUUAAUGGACUCUCUGACUUAAAAGCCCUUUAUCUGGAUGGAAACCAACUUCUAGAGAUACCUCAGGAUCUCCCAUCCAGCUUACAGCUUCUGAGCCUCGAGGCCAACAAUAUCUUCUCCAUCACAAAGGAGAAUCUAACAGAACUGGCCAACAUUGAAGAACUCUAUCUAGGUCAAAACUGUUAUUAUCGCAAUCCUUGCAAUGUUUCUUAUUAUAUCGAAAAGGAUGCUUUCCUUGUUAUGAAAAAUUUAAAAGUUCUCUCGCUGAAAGAUAACAAUGUCACAGCUGUCCCCACCACUUUGCCAUCUAAUUUAAUAAAACUCUAUCUUUAUAACAACAUCAUUACAAAGAUCCAAGAAGACGAUUUUAAUAACCUCAACCAAUUGCAAAUUCUUGACCUAAGUGGAAAUUGCCCUCGCUGUUACAAUGUCCCAUAUAUGUGUACACCAUGUGAAAAUAAUUCCCUCUUGCAGAUCCAUGACAAUGCUUUCAGUUCAUUGACAGAAUUAAAAGUUUUACGUCUCCACAGUAACUCUCUUCAGCAUGUGCCUCAAGCAUGGUUUAAAAACAUGAGAAACCUCCAAGAACUAGACCUCUCCCAAAACUACUUGGCCAAAGAAAUUGAGGAGGCCAAAUUUUUGAUGUUUCUCCCUAACCUUGUCCAGUUGGAUCUGUCUUUCAAUUAUGAGCUGCAGGUCUACCAUGCAUCUAUAACUUUACCACAGUCACUCUCAUUGCUGAGAAACUUAAAAACUCUGCAUAUAAAAGGCUAUGUCUUUAAAGAGCUGAAAAACUCUAGCCUUUCUGUAUUGCACAAUGUUUCCAGUCUCGAAGUUCUUGACCUUGGCACUAACUUCAUAAAAAUUGCUGACCUCAACAUAUUCAAACAGUUUAAAAACCUCAAACUCAUAGACCUUUCGAUGAAUAAAAUAUCCCCUUCUGAAGAGCCAAGGGAAGUUGGCUCCUGUCCUAAUGCCAGAACUUCUGUAGACCGCCAUGGGCCCCAGGUCCUUGAGACCUUGCAUUAUUUCCGGUAUGAUGAAUAUGCACGGAGCUGCAGGAACAAAACCAAAGAGUUGCCUACUUACUUACCUUCUAAUGAAGACUGCCACACAUAUGAACAUACCUUAGACCUAAGUAGAAAUAAUAUAUUUUUUAUCAAGCCCUCUGAUUUUCAGCAUCUUUCAUUCCUUACAUGCCUCAACUUGUCAGGAAACACCAUUGGCCAAACUCUUAAUGGCAGUGAAUUCCAGCCCUUAAGAGAGCUGCGAUACCUAGACUUCUCCAACAACCGACUUGAUUUACUCUACUCCACAGCCUUUGAGGAGCUCCACAAGCUGGUAGUUCUGGAUUUAAGUAGCAACAGUCACUACUUUCAAGCAGAAGGAAUUACUCACAUGCUGAACUUCACCAAGAAACUACGGUCUCUGAAGAAACUCAUGAUGAAUGACAAUGACAUCUCUACCUCUGCCAGCAGGACCAUGGAAAGCGACUCUCUUCAAAUUCUGGAAUUUAGAGGCAACCAUUUGGAUGUUCUAUGGAGAGACGGUGAUAACAGAUACUUGGGCUUCUUCAAGAAUCUGUUGAAAUUGGAGGAAUUAGAUAUCUCCAGGAAUUCGCUGAGUUCCUUGCCUAAUGGGGUGUUUGAGGGAAUGCCACCAAAUCUAAAGACCCUCUCCAUGGCAGAAAAUGGUAUCAAGCAUUUCCCUUGGGAAAAACUCCAGCUACUGAAACAUCUAAAAAAUUUGGACCUCAGCCACAACCUGCUGACAACUGUCCCUAAAAGGUUAGCCGACUGUUCCCAAAAUCUCACGAAGCUGAUUCAGUUGCGUUAUCUAGACCUCAGUUUAAAUAAGAUUCAGGUCAUUCAGAAGACUAGCUUCUCAGAAAAUGUCCUCAAUAAACUGAAUAUGUUGCUCUUACAUCGCAAUCACUUUCUGUGCAACUGUGAUGCUGUGUGGUUUGUCUGGUGGGUUAAUCAUACAGAAGUUACUAUUCCUCACCUGGCCACUGAAGUGACCUGUGCCGGACCAGGAGCACACAAAGGUCAGAGUGUCAUAUCCUUGGAUCUGUAUACGUGUGAGUUAGAUCUCACGAACCUGAUUCUGUUCUCAGUUUCCAUUGCUUCAGUCCUCUUUUUGAUGGUAGUCAUGACAACAAGUCAUCUCUUUUUCUGGGAUAUGUGGUGCAUUUACUAUUUCUGGAAAGCCAAGAUAAAGGGCUACCAGCGUCUGCAAUCAAUGGAGUCUUGCUAUGAUGCUUUUAUUGUGUAUGACACUAAAAAUUCAGCUGUGACGGAGUGGGUUUUGCAGGAGCUGGUGGCUAAACUGGAAGACCCAAGAGAGAAACAUUUUAAUUUGUGUCUAGAGGAAAGGGACUGGCUACCAGGACAGCCAGUUCUAGAAAAUCUUUCCCAGAGCAUACAACUCAGCAGAAAGACAGUGUUUGUGAUGACCCAGAAAUACGCAAAGACUGAGAGUUUUAAGGUAGCCUUUUAUCUGUCCCAUCAGAGGCUCAUAGAUGAAAAAGUAGAUGUGAUUAUCUUGAUUUUCUUGGAGAAGCCUCUGCAGAAGUCUAAGUUUCUUCAGCUCCGGAAGAGACUCUGUGGGAGUUCUGUCCUGGAGUGGCCUUCAAAUCCACAGGCUCACCCAUACUUUUGGCAGUGUCUGAAAAAUGCUCUGACCACAGACAAUCACGUAGCUUAUAGUCGGGUGUUCAAGGAAACAGUCUAG